AUGGGAAUAGCUAAUGCAAGUUCUCCAGAAGUUUUUAUACUCUUGGGUUUCUCAGCACGACCCUCUCUGGAACCUGUCCUUUUCAUGCUUGUCUCAAUUUUUUAUGUGUUGUCUCUUGUGGGUAAUAGCAUCAUUAUUCUGGUCUCAUGCGUGGAUGUUCAUCUCCACACUCCCAUGUACUUCUUCCUCACUAACCUCUCCUUCCUGGACAUUAGCUUCAUCACAAGUAUUGUCCCACAACUCCUGGUCAACCAGGGACCAGAGAAAACAAUAAGCUAUGGAGGUUGUGUGGUCCAGUUCUAUAUCUCCCAUUGGCUAGGGGCAACAGAGUGUGUUCUCCUGGCAGUCACGUCCUAUGAUCACUACAUUGCCAUCUGUAGGCCACUCCACUACACUGUUAUUAUGCAUCCACAGCUGUGCAGGGGCCUGUCCUUUACCUCAUGGCUUGGAGGUCUGAUCACCAGCAUGGUGGGCUCCACACUAACCAUGCUGCUACCCCUGUGCGGGAACAAUCACAUUGACCAGUUCUUUUGUGAGAUGCCCCUCAUUAUGCAGCUAUCUUGUGUGAACACCAGCCUGAAUGAGAUAGAGAUGUACCUGGCCAGUUUUAUCUUUGUUGUCUUGCCUCUGGGUCUCAUCUUGGUCUCAUAUGGCCACAUUGCUCAAGCUGUGUGGAAGAUCAAGUCAGCAGAAGGGCCAAGAAAGGCAUUCAACACCUGCUCUUCUCACAUGGCAGUUGUAUCCCUGUUUUAUGGGAGCAUCAUCUUCAUGUACCUCCAGCCAGCCAAGAGCAACUUUCAUGAGCAAGGGAAGUUUAUAGCUCUCUUCUACACUGUAGUCACCCCGAUGCUGAACCCACUGAUUUAUACACUGAGGAACAAAGAUGUGAAAAGAGCUCGGGCGUAUAUUUCAGAGAACUGCUGUGGUUUUGCAGAGAAAUGA